AUGGGCUUCGAGCUCAGUGCCUGGAAAGGUGGCCUGGGGCUGCUUUCUUUCCUUUGGCUAGCCUCGGCGAUCGACGCUCAUUCAUGGGUUGAACAACUCAUGGUUAUUGCACCAAAUGGCACCUUUGUUGGAACUCCAGGCUAUUCAAGAGGGAACGUGCUUCGCUCGAGUCCUGGGUACAAAGACCCUCUGAUGCAGAACCUAGUUCCACCACAAGGCCGUACCAAGUUGCUCCCAGAUGAUUACCUAUGUAAGGACACCCAACGGAAGCCGGUACAGACCGAUGGAAGUCCGAGACUGCAGGCAAGCGCUGGCGCUGCCAUUGCCCUCCGCUACCAAGAAAACGGUCAUGUCACACAACCUAAUAUUCCCCCUGGGAAGCCUGAGCAUAGUGGAAAGAUAUAUGUGUACGGAACGACCGAUCCAAAAGAGGACGAGAAGAUAAUGGAGGUGCAUAAGGUAUGGAAUAAAGAUGGUACUGGGGGUGAUCGACGUGGUCUGCUCCUAUCAAUACAAAACUUCGACGAUGGCCGUUGCUACCAGAUCAACAAUGGUGACAUUUCAAAGUCUCGCCAAGCUAAAUUUCCUCAUGCUGCAGAUCCGUUGAUGGGUACCAAUUUAUGGUGUCAGACAGAUAUUGCACUGCCGUCCAAGGCACCAUCUGGGAAACCAUAUACUCUUUACUGGGUCUGGGACUGGCCUACUUUCGGAGAGGGAGCAAAGCAGGAAAUAUAUACAACCUGCAUUGAUAUUGACGUCGUAGCCAAUCCUGGGACCCAAUCACAUGUAGCAGCGGGCUAUAUCCAAGACCAAUCGUUGAAUGGUGCCGCCAUACCAGACCAGUUUGCAGAAAUCUUUGACUCUGGGACUUCCGGCUCUGCGCAGAGCUCUCCGAUAGCGGGAGGGUCAGCGGUACCCGGUAGCUCAACACCUAUAGUACCAGUCCCUUGGAAAUCGGGAGGCUCGAUGGGGCCUAGCAGUUCAAGACUUGCAACAUCGAGCUCUCCGAUAGCAGGUGGCGCAGCAACACUCAGCAGUUCAGCCACGGCAAGCUCCUCGAGGGUAGGAGGCUCAGUGGAACCCAGCAUCUCAGCGCCAGCAAUUCCAAACUCUUCGAAAGCAGCUGCUCUAAUCAGCUCUAUAAAUUCUCCCGCCACUGUGUCUUCUACCUCUCCGAGAGGGGAGGCUUCUACGUCGCCUGUCCAAGCCCCAAUGGCAAUGGCGCCACAGGCAACAGCAACAGUAACAUCUUUUGUUACAAUGGUGAAAACCGUAGUUCCUGGCUGUUCUGCCAGCUCGAGCCACUGA